AAGGUCUUUUUAUUCUCACACCAAGCUAUUCCCCCUAUGGUAUGCCCGCCCAGAGAAUGCACACUAUUUCUCCUUUUAAGGUAGGGCCGGUCAGCCAUGCAUUCAUUUGAGACAUAGUGUUAACAUCUGCAGCUCGUCUAAACUUUAAGUUGACGUCAGUGCACCCUGACGCCUUGACCCCAGACUCUCUGGCGCCGCGUUGAGUCUCUCCUAUGGAGGGGAGAGGUGAUUCAGCUGCUUUCCGCUAUUAAUGUAUUUAUAUGAUAUAUAGGCCUGAUAAUGCUCAUAGUUUGCCAUACAAAGUAAUGGUUCAUUUCUUCCAUAGUGCCUGUAUCUGUGUGCUUACGGCGUUCUCUGUCACCCUCAGAGCCAUCCAAUGCAAGGACUUCCCCCCCCUGGAGGCGGUGAACUGUCCCUCGGACUGGACAGACUUCUCGGGGCCCUUCCAGCUCAUCGUGUGGAAGAAGAUGAUGCACGUGUUGCACACGAUGCCCCAGAACCUGACCCUGGACCCGGACACGGCCCACCCCAACCUGCUGAUCACGGACUUCGACACCAAGGUGGAGGAGGGCCGGGCCUGCGGCCACGAGCCCGACCUGCCGGCGCGCUUCACGCGCUUCUUCAGCGUGCUCGCCACGGCCAGCUACGCCGGCGGCCAGCACUACUGGGAGGUGGACGUCAAGGACAAGGGCGUGUGGUACCUGGGCGUCACCACCGAGUCCAGCAACCGCAAGGGCUUCGUCAGCCUCACCCCGUCGGCGGGCUACUGGAGCCUGUGCCUCCAGGACCGGCUCUACGCCAACGGCGAGAACGGCCGCAUCCCCGUGGCGGACUACUGGAACUCGCCGCGCGUGGGCGUCUACCUGGACUACGACAACGGGCGCCUGUGCUUCUACGACGCCGUCACCAUGAAGAAGCUGUACAUGUUCAGCACGCGCUUCGAGGAGCCCGUCUGCCCCUUCUUCAGCCCUGGGAAGAACGACCCGGGGAGCCGACUGCAGAUCUGCCACUAUUACUGAGGGGGAGGGAGCGGCGGAGACUGCAGGUCUGCCACUAUUACUGAGGGGGAGGGAGGGGGGAGACUG